UACGCUCAGGCUCGGAGUGAGAGGCCUCAGGCAGACACCGAGGGGUUGGUGCGGAGACAGCGAGGAAGCCGGCCCUGGGACACGGGAAGGAGCAGGAGCAGGAGCAGGAGCAGGAGCAGGGCCAGGGCCUCGGCGUCGGAUCCACGGCAGGAACCCGCCCUUAGCCGGCAGCAACAGGUUUCCCCUCAGUGGACCCUGGGGAGCUGAGCCAGCCAGGGGGAUACCAGCUACAAAAACAGCCCUGAAAGUAACUACAAACCUGGAGUUACCUGGAGAAGACAGCAGCCUCUGUGUGGACACAGAGAGAGAAAUGUUUCCCAAUCACCCCCCUCCUCCUCAUUUACCUUCCACUGUCACUAAUUCAACACUAACCAACUAACUAACUAACUAACUGUUAAACUACAGCUUGGCAUCACUAACUAAUCUUUCCUGAAGAAGGGCUCAUGCCCGUAAUGUCGACUCUCCUGCUCCUUGGAUGCUGCGCCUUUCCAGCAACACAUUUUCAUCACUAACUAAUCGCUCAACUAGUGGAACCGAUCAAACUGCUGGAACCUAGCAAGUGACUGGAGUUUGUCACUAAACCUUUGGAUCGAAGUAACCAAUCAUGAAAUCACUGACAAAUCAAAGGAUUGGAACCAUUUAGUUACUUUAUUGUUGGAAUUCUUCAUUAAACUAGAAUUAACCAAGCCAGUUUUUAGUGACAGUAACUAUUCACUAACCUGCUGGGAGAUAUUAUUGACUAACUUAUCAAGCUGUUAAAAUUAAUUCUGAGUUAUUAAGUUGUCGUAACUGAUCAAACUCUGGUGACUAAUCAUGAAUGAUUGAUCUCUUGAUGCUGGAAUGUGAAUCAAUAAUCUACAGCAAUAAAGUGCAAAAUGGAAUAUAGCCAGUGACACUAACUUGCAGUGACUAACCAACCCUCAGCUGCAGUAACUUCUUGAAAUGUAGUAACCCAAUCAAGAAAAUACUAACUUCAGUAACUCCAACUGAAUGCCAGUAACUGAGCAUUUGGUCACUUAACUAUGCAUUAACCUAACCUUACUAUAAACUACAGGAAACAUAACUGACUGAAUUGUUAUUAGUGUUGGUGACCCCUUCGGUCUUUCAGGUCAUUUGACUGAGACUAGGGUGGUGAGUUCUGUGAAGUUGAUACAGGCUAUCUGAUCAGUAUUGAUUGGACAGACUGUCACCAUGCAAUGAGCCCUCACCUUCCUGUUAAUCCCUUGGUGGCUAUCAGGACUUGAUGGAGGAUGGGGAGAUGGGACAGAAUCGAGUCCAAGACGUGUGCCAAAAAUUCCAGGUCCUGGAAGAUCAAACAGUGGCCCAUGUGCUCCAGGAGCAAGAGAUUCAGCAGCAUCUCUCUGCCAACAAGCUGAAGAGCCAGGGGGUUCGCCACAAUCUCGAGCUGGCAAGAAAACUGCAGGAGCAGGAGGAUGAGAGGAGCAGGCAACUCCGAUGGAAGCUGCACAAAUACAUUCAGAACUUGGAGAGUGAUUAUCCCCAGACAAUCCAGGAGGAACAACAGCAAAAGGAAACCGGACACCAUCGGAGGCUCCUGCACACAGAGGGGAGAUUAUCAGCAGCCACUGGGGCCGGAGUGCUCGAGGUGAGCAGCAGCAGGUCACGAAGGUUGGAGAGGAGAGAGAGGGGCCGACGUAGCGAGGAUGCUGAGGAUCGGAAGGAGUCUACGACAGGGACCAGCGAUGACGGUUCACUGGAUCACUGGGAUCACCCUAUGCGGCGGGAAUUUCCCCGGCACGGUCGGCCGCGGUCGCGCCAGCCCCUCGUGUGGAGUGAGUUGGAGGCCAUUGCUGGAUGGUCCGAGGGGGAUGGCUGCCCCGAUGGGGGUUGGGAGCGUGGAGCAGGGGAGAGGGGCCACGACGUUUCUCAUCGGGACCAGGAGCAACUGGGGAGCGGCCCGUUUCCGGGGCGCACCCUGGGUCAUGUCGGUGGGGUCUUCCAGACCCUCAGUGAGGAUGUUCCUGGAUCCAGGCCAAUGCCCCAUCCCAAGAGGACUGACGGGCUCCAGGCAGCAGAAAGAGCCAGGGAAGGAGCCGGUCGGAAGCGGGAACACCAUUCGGAACGAGUGGGCGAGGGGUCCGAUUCCUCCAGGAUUCUCCCCAUCUCCCGUCCCAGAGCAGGUCCCGACCACACUGGGAGGGGCGCCUCCGAUUCUGAGUCGCAUUCGAGGCGUCGGAAGCACAAUCGGAUCCCCGGGGAGAUCCGGUCCCGGGCCAGAUCCGCGGAUGGCCGUCCGGCUCGGUGCGGAAGGAGCCCGGAACCCCUCCGCCACCACGCUCCAGGCCGGGGGGGUACCAGGACAUCGGCUCCCCCGCGGGAUCGUCUCGGCCAUUUGGUUACCGGACCUGGAGCCAAUCACCUCGACCCUCCCCGAGAUCCCACGGAGCGGGAGGGGAGCCGGCAGGAAGCGAAUGGGCAUCAGCCAUUGGCUGCUCGAGACAGGAAGAGGCAGAGCCGUCAUCCACUGGUUGCCGAUGACCAGCAAACUCGCCAACCAUUGGCUGUCAGUCAGAAGCAUGCCCCUCAACCAUUGGUCACCGGUGAAAGCCCCACCCAUUACCCACCGCGCACCAAAGUCAAAGCCAAACAGGUCCAUUUCUUAUUGGAUGCUGAUGAGAGGGUCAAGCCUGUCCAUUGCCUAGAGGCCAGCAAGCCAAAACCGGUCCAACGGCCAGUGGAUCUGAAGAGGAUGGAUGCCCAUUGGCUGAUUGCCAGCAAGCAAAAGCAGCUCCAGCCCCCAUUGGCUGUUGGAGAGAAGGGAAAGCAUGCCCAAAUCCCAUUGGCUGUCAAAGAGAGGAAACGCCCAUUACACUCCACGUUGGCCAAUAGAAACCAUCUCCAGUACCGCCUGGGUACCAAAGAGGCAGAUGCCAUCAUUGAUUACGUCUUGGAUAAACGGGAAGGAAAGGAUCUGGGUUCCCCAAAACAGCUCAGCCAAUCACCUCCCGCCUUCCGAGGGAAUCCCUCUCCGGAAACAGACCAAGGGGAUCCCGUCAGAGUCUCACCCAACAACCGACAGACCUUACCUUCCCCAUUGGUUGGUGAUUCCCGUGAGGAUCCCAGGGCACCAGCUGGUCUGGGUGCACAGAGAGAUCCCGCCAGGAAUUCCAGCGGCGGUCGGUGCCAGGUGACACCCCGACCUCACCCAGCGGGCACUCACCGGAGAGAGGGACCAUCACCAAGGCUGGCCCCCCACUGGCAGGAGUCUCCCUCGGUACGAGACCGCGUGGACAGGGCCAGAGGGAGACCAGCGAGAAACCGAGGGAACCACAGUCCGGCAGGCCCUCGGGCAAACAGACAGGAGAACGGGCUCCACCCAGAGGAGGUGCGAGGAUGUAAAGGCCGGUGGGAAGCUGCCCAGGGAGGCGGCAGUGGGCUCGGGGCACCCCCCUGGUGCAGCGAUGAGGUUCUGAAAGAGCUCCAAGCGAUGGAAUUGAGGAAAGCUGGUCUCUGGAAGAUGUAUGGUGCUGCGAAACGUGUCCAGGAGGAGCAGGAUGAGGAAUUUGCUUUGCAGCUCCUGAGGAAGGAGCUGAUGGCCCUGACCCUGAGUGACGGACGGUUACGGCAAGGCCAGACCAACAAAGGAGAGCCCUUCCCGGCUGGAGAGAACGGAGAGCUGACCAGGAACAGCAGCCCCUGCUCGAUGAAUGUGGACAUGGAUGAACCAAUGAAAAUGCCCAAGGCAGCUUACUUCUGAGACUGUCAUAGAAUGUGCUGGGUUUCUGGUUGAGUCAGGACCUUCUGAUGCAGUAUCGAUCCGCUCAGUGAGCGUGGGUUUGAAAGGAGAUGGGUGACUGUGUUUCCUGUGGACAGCAAGUGCCCUGCAGCACGCCCUCCCGCUGCACAAACGACAGAUUCCGUUUUUUUUAAACAGAUUCCUAUUUAUUUUGUAUUUGUAUUUGGAAACCGAGGCUGUAAGUGUUCCUUGUGUCGAAUUAAAUUAAUUAUGUUUUCUUGAAA